UCCUAGGAUCUCAAACACGACACACCAGUUUUGCUGUCUCUGUCCAGAUGUUUGAGAAGUGGAGCAAGGGAUUCAAUCGACUAUCCUUCCUGCUCAGACUGUGGGGAGGGAUUCACUUGGUCAUCUGACCGACUGGCAUGCCCGUCAUUUUACACAGGGGAAAGGCCGUUCACCUGCUCAGACAGUGGGAGUGGAUUUACUCGGUCAUCACAACUGGAGGUACAUCAGCAAGUUCACACUGGACAAGGCCAUUCAUCUGAUCUGUGUGUGAGAAGGGAUUCAGUCAGUCUUCCCACCUGUGGACACACCAGGCAAUUCACACUGGACAGAGGCUGGUCAUCUGCUGAAUUUGUGGGGAAGGAUUCACUCGGUUAUCUGACCUAAUGGCUCACCAGCGAGUUCACACUGGGGAGAAACCAUUCACCUGCUCAGUCUGUGGGAAGAGAUUCACUCAGUCAUCCAACCUACAGAGUCAUCAGCGAGUUCACACUGGGGAGAAGCCAUUCACCUGCUCAGAAUGUGGGAAGGGAUUCACUCAGUUAUCCAGCCUACAGAGUCACCAGCGAGUUCACACUGGAGAGAAGCCAUUCACCUGCUCAGUCUGCGGGAAGAGAUUCACUCAGUCAUCUAUCCUAUACAAUCAUCAGCGAGUUCACACUGGGGAGAAGCCAUUCACCUGCUUAGAAUGUGGGAAAAGAUUCAGUCAGUCAUCCAAGCUGCUGGCACACCAGUCAGUUCACAGUGGGGAGUGGCCGUUCACCUGCUCAGACUGUGGGAAGAGAUUCACUCAGUCAUCUCACCUACAGAGUCAUCAGCGAGUUCACACUGGGGAGAAGCCAUUCACCUGCUCAGAAUGUGGGAAGGGAUUCACUCAGUUAUCCAGCCUACAGAGUCAUCAGCGAGUUCACACUGGGGAGAAGCCGUUCACCUGCUCAGUCUGUGGGAAGAGUUUCACUCAGUCAUCCACCCUACAGAAUCAUCAGCGAAUUCACAAUGGGGAGAAGCCGUUCACCUGCUCAGAAUGUGGGAAAGGAUUCAGUCAGUCAUCCAAACUGCUGGUACACCAGUCAGUUCACAGUGGGGAGUGGCCAUUCACAUGCUCAGAAUGUGGGAAGGGAUUCACUUGGUCAUCUAAACUAAUGGCUCACCAGCGAGUUCACACUGGAGAGAUGCUGUUCACCUGCUCAAUCUGUGGGAAGAGAUUCAUUCAUUCAUCCACCCUACAGAGUCAUCAGCGAGUUCACACUGGGGAGAAGCCGUUCACCUGCUCAGUCUGUGGGAAGAGAUUCACUCAGUCAUCCACCCUACAGAAUCAUCAGCGAGUUCACACUGGGGAGAAGCCAUUCACCUGCUCAGUCUGUGGGAUGAGAUUCACUCAGUCAUCCAACCUGCAGAGACAUCAGCGAGUUCACACUGGGGAGAAGCCAUUCGCCUGUUCAGUUUGUGGGAAGAGAUUCACUCAGUCAUCCAACCUACAGAGACACCAGCAAGUUCACACUGGGGAGAAGCUGUUCACCUGCUCAGAAUGUGGAAAAGGAUUCACUCAGUCAUCCCAACUACUGGCACACCAGUCAGUUCACAUUGGGGAGUGGCCGUUGUUAUGAAUCCCAAGGUUUCAUUUGCUGUGGACUGUCAUUUUAAGAGGGAGAGAGAGAGAGAGAUUAAGGCAAAUCAGUCUGACUUGCAUCUUGUUUACAUCGCUCGCUGCUUGUUUAGUUUUAACCGAGGACACAGGCACUCAGAGUCAGAUGGAGAUGAAGGAGGAAAAAUGGAAGGAUCGAAACAAGGGAACUCGUGGCCAAGGGUCACUGUUUCGAACUUUCCUCUGUCCACAAGGGUGGGUUAAUUAUCGA